ACAAAUACAUAUUAAGGGCUAGGUAAAAAAUUUGGUAAGCUGACUAAUGCUGUUGAUGGCUAUAGGCUUUGCUAGGGUUUGGCAAGACAGGUAAAUUAUGUUCUCAGAGUUCUUUCAUGAUUUUUGUACAGAAAAGCAAACUUGGGAAGUAUAGAAAAGAAUACUUUGCUUUUCUAUCCUGAGAGAGACAGGUUUCCAUUCACCUUAAAAGAAGCUUUAUUUUAAUCAUACCAUAGCUUUAGGAAUUAGCUUGUGUUUAUUGCUGACUCCACCCUGCCAUGCCUGUUGCAAGAAUCUGAAGAAGCAAUUGUGUUUUUAGAAGCAGAAUGACGAGAAAUUCCCCAGAGGCAAACGGAGAGUGUGAGCUCUAAGUACACCAAUAGAGACUCGCGCACAGACACACACAAGGGUUGGGAACUCCCAAAGAUAGAGAACGAGAAAAAGAGAAAGAGUGGAAGUGUAAACAAGAGAGCCAAACAAAGUGGGAGGUGGAGGAAGAGAGACCACCUUUAACCGUUUCAUUUCUACCUUCCCUUCCACAUUUUUGGUAAUCACUUUUUAGUCUGGUCUCUCAUUCUGGGAUCGACUCAAUCAGGUUCUGGGCUGGAAUUGCCCAAACUGACAUGAUGUACCUCUGGGGUAACCAGGAGCCAACAGCUACUCCUGACACAAUGGUCCAGCCAUUCACCACAAUCCCAUUCCCACCUCCCCCACAGAAUGGGAUCCCUACAGAGUAUGGUGUUCCUCACACUCAGGACUAUGCAGGCCAGACCAGCGAGCACAAUCUGACAAUCUAUGGAAGUGGACAAACACAUGGAGAACAGAAUACAAACACAGCUACCACGCAGAAUGGAUCUCUUACGCAGACAGAAGGAGGGGCACAGACAGAUGGCCAGCAGUCGCAGACGCAAAGCAGUGAGAAUGCUGAGAGCAAGUCUACCCCAAAGCGGCUUCAUGUGUCCAACAUUCCCUUCCGUUUUCGGGAUCCUGACCUCCGGCAGAUGUUUGGGCAAUUUGGUAAAAUCCUUGAUGUAGAGAUAAUCUUCAAUGAACGUGGGUCUAAGGGAUUCGGGUUCGUAACUUUCGAGAAUAGUGCUGAUGCAGACAGGGCCAGGGAGAAAUUACACGGCACCGUGGUAGAGGGCCGUAAAAUCGAGGUUAAUAAUGCCACUGCACGAGUAAUGACUAAUAAGAAGAUGGUCACACCAUAUGCAAACGGUUGGAAAUUGAGUCCUGUAGUUGGAGCUGUAUAUGGACCUGAAUUAUAUGCAGCAUCCAGUUUUCAAGCAGAUGUCUCGCUGGGCAAUGACGCUGCAGUGCCCCUGUCAGGAAGGGGGGGUAUUAACACUUACAUUCCUUUAAUCAUACCCAGCUUCCCUUACCCAACUGCAGCCACCACAGCGGCAGCAUUUAGGGGAGCCCAUCUGAGAGGACGAGGAAGGACAGUGUACGGUGCAGUACGAGCAGUACCUCCAACAGCCAUCCCAGCUUACCCAGGUGUGGUUUACCAGGACGGAUUUUACGGUGCUGACCUCUAUGGUGGAUAUGCAGCCUACAGAUAUGCGCAACCCGCUACUGCAACAGCAGCCACUGCUGCUGCAGCUGCUGCAGCAGCUUACAGUGAUGGUUACGGCAGGGUAUACACAGCAGACCCUUACCAUGCUCUUGCCCCUGCAGCUAGCUAUGGAGUUGGUGCUGUGGCAAGUUUAUACCGAGGUGGCUACAGCCGAUUUGCCCCUUACUGAAGUGACAUGAGCCCUUCCCCCCUGCAAGUGGGACAGCUCCCUCCCCCCAGUUCAUGAGGCCUGGCUAUUGCAAUAUUUACUAGUAGAGGAACUCUAUAGCAAGAAGAGGAGGAAAACAAAAGAAAAAAAACAAGAGAAAUACUUUUUUAUACCUCACUAUGUUCUUUAAAUAUGUAUUUUCCUUUAAAUUUCUGCCUUUAAUUCUUUUGUUCCAAAGAUUGUGCAUUUUUUGAUCUUUUUUUUUCAAUUGUUUGUUUUUAACUGUGGUAAACAUAAUGCAUUUUGUGUCCUAUAUAUGCAUAGUUUAUCCUACCAAUCACACAAAAAGAGAUAAAUAGUGCUAAGGAGGGCUGUUAGGCUUCAAUAUCAUGGAAGGUAGUCAGGAAUAUGUAGAUAUUUUUGCUGGGUCUGAUGCCUAAGAGCCAGAAUAGUGAGGAAGAGCUCCCUCUGCUGGGGGAAUGGGGGUAACGUUGAUUGCCUGCAGCUGGAACCUGCAUGCUCCUUGGAAACACAAAGACCCUCCUCUUUUAUCACCAGCUGGCACUUAUAUGGGCUCAGGACUGUGCUCCAGCAACAUCAAGAUUUUUUUUAUAAUUUUCAAGACAAAACUACUCAAAGCUGCCCAAAGACUUCAUCUAAUAAUGAUUUUAGAGGACAAGGCACAUAACAAAAACAUAACUCCUAUCUUUAAUUCUUAUGAUCCAUUCUACCAUAGCUUUACUUUAAUCAUUCCGUUGCUUUGGUUUUCUUCUUUUCCCACUCUUCCCUCUUUUCUGAUGGAAUAGCGUGUUUGGGACAAUAACUGUUGAAUUUGGAGCCAUGAUGGAAAUAAUUUUUUUCUUUAGAAAAACCGAGUUUAAUUGCACAGAUCUACAUAUUCUGAGGUUCUGGACUAGUGAUUAUGGGAAAAGCUUGCUACUUUGAUACUCCAUUGUACAAGAUUCUCAUUUUUCACCCUGAGGUAGUUAUCUUUGCUGCAAGUAUGUUAUUAAAAAAAUGCAUAAAGAAAAAAGCAUUCUGGACCAGAAAAGUAAGGCAAGCAGUGGGAGUAGGAGGUUUUUUUUUUUCUUCCUUUUGUCAUAACACUAAUUUGGAAACCAUGCUUGUGUUAGCAUUGGUAUCUGGAAAUGAACUAUUUUCAAACAUAACAUAAAGGCAUAAUUAACAUUUACUCUGAUUUGCAACCAGAGUCUUACUGGUUGCCCAUCUGAAGACAAACUGCUUAAUUGGGUCAAUACUGCCAUUCUGGAAUUGAAAAAGGGCUUCAGGAAAACUCUAAGCCUGAAGAUUGUCCCAUGCUGGAAUAUCUUCCUGAAAUACUCAUUCUUCUACUACAGUUGGAAGUCUUGUAAAUUGAUAAUGCAUGCAAUUGGA